CGUCGUGAAAUUGACGAUCACAUCCCCUUGGAUACCGUGUUUGUUGAAAUCAAUAAAAAUUUCACGUGUCGAAUUAAAAUAUCCAGUUUAAAAAAUGCGGGGAAUUUAAAAUAAUUUUGACUCGUUAAAUACACAUUUUAUCGUUUAUAUCUGAUGGAUUGCAUUACGUAUCCUCAGAAAGGAAGUAUAAUUAAAUACAUUCCUGCCACAUUCUACGCAACGCAUAGUAGACAUGCCCGCUAGGCGGACUCCAAAGGUCGAGGCCCUGGUUGUAAAUGCUAUACGUAGGCUCCAAGAUGUGCAAGGUUCGACAUCGCGGGAAAUUAGUAACUAUAUUUCCCAGGAGUACAAUGUGCCUAGCGAGGAGACCAGACGGCAGGUGCAGUUCACUUUACGACGCGGAUUAUCCUAUGGGAUUCUUAAACGUUCAAAGGGAGGAUACUAUUCGUACGAUCACGACUAUCUCAGACAGCUCUCGUUGGGGAAUGGCACGGGUGACGAGGUAACGGAGCCUUGUCCAGCGCAACCGUGGCGAUUCGGCGUAAGAAAAAGGAAAAGGGAGAAGGCGAGGCGAAGGAGAUAUGCGAGGGAGAGGAGAGAGCGAUUGCGGAGAGAGGGGGGUAGGAAGAGGAGGACGAGGAGGAGAGGAAGCAGAACCAGGCGAAGACGUAGAGGAAGACGUCGCAGAUCACGCACCAGGGUGAGGAGGGGCAGACGACGUCCCUCUCGCAGUCGAAGGAGGACGAGACGGGGCAGGAGAAGAAGUAGAAGAAGAGGCAAAAGAAGCGGAGCAAGAGCUAGAACACGCGCUAAUCCCGGCGAGAUGGAAAUGGAGGCGACAUCUCCGGUUCUGCCCAAGAGGGACGACACUGACAGAAAAGACGAGGAGCCGCGCAACAGCGAAACUUCUGUGUCCGAGCAUUCGGAACGGCACUCACAAAACUCCUCUCAAAAUUCUCAGUCGUUAAAUCAAGCGUCUGAUGACAUUUAGAAAGUUGAAAAAUAUGAAAAAUAAUGAUUUUUUUUUCAGGAAAAGAAAUGCAAAUGAUGCGUGCGUAGAUCAUACAAUGAGACACUCGUUUACUCGAUACGAAAUAUCUCUAAACGUCAAAAGUGAAUUUUACAGAUACAUAGAUUUAUAUUACGAUUGCCUAUAUAUGUCCACGAUAGCGUUCUGUGCUGUUACACAUCUCUAUACACAUAUUUCGAGAUCACGUGUAUUUAUAUGUACUAUUUUUACUCUGGCCUUUUGUACGUGCUGUAUUAAUUAUUACAAUUGUUUUUCCAUA